UUCAACUAUGAACGCUUUUAAAGCAACAAAGGUCAAAUCACACGCCAUUGUAGUUAACGGUAUUUUGUACAAAACCCCGUUGAUUAUUGUUAAACAAGAGUUUAGAUAUAAGUGAAUUCAUAUGUAAAGAUUAGUUCAAGGUUAAACCGCAGAUACGAUUUUUUUCCUUUGUGGAUUGUUGAAGAGACCGAUAAGAAUCGUUUUAGUUAAAAACUUGUGUAUGUUUAUUUUUGUGUCAAUUUUACUUCAACAUGAAAGACUUAAAGUCGCUGAGUAAGACAGAGUUUGAAGGAUUUUUGAAUUCUUUUGAUCGGAUUUUAUCCGAUAUUGAUGGUGGGUGUAUUAUGGCUUUCCCUUGAAAGCAUCCCUGGAACAGAAUUGGCAAUAAAGUCAUUGAAAACCAAGUUCCACAAAGAGAUUAUUUUUGUCUCAAAUAACUGUACAAAAAGUCACGAUUGUUACUUUAAGCAGCUCAGGAGCGCUGGUUUUGAUAUUGAAAAGGACAAUUUAGUCACUCCAGCACUAGCUAUGAUUUCCUAUUUGACAAAAAAGAAUUUCGAUAAAGAAAUCUACGUUAUUGGAAUGACUUGCUUGAAGCAAGAUUUCGAAAAUUCGGGUUUGAAAGUCGCAGAAGAUGCACCGGAUCGCAUCAAAGAAACCAUUCAAGACCUUGCCCUUCACGCAAUCGUAGAUAAUGAAAAAGUUGGUGCCGUAAUAGCGGACGCUGAUAUUAAUUUAAAUUACGUGAAACUACAAAAAGCUGCCACUUUUUUAAAACGUCCAGAUAUGAUUUUUAUCACAGGGGCCACCGAUACAAAGGUUCCAGUUGGGUUAAAUAAUGUGCUCAUAGGGCCUGGAUAUUUCCAUAAGAUUUUGGAGGAUUUGACUGGAAGAAAGCCACUUCCAAUGGCCAAACCUAGCUUGCAUUUGAAUGAAUUUAUAAUUGAAAAAUUUGGGUCGAAAGACACAUCCAGAGUUUUAUUUAUUGGGGAUUCUGUUAUGGAGGAUAUGGGUUUUGCGACGAAAUGUGGGUACAAAAAAUUGCUAGUUUUGAGUGGUUUAACUAAAAAAGAAGCAUUGGAAGAGUGGAAGUAUCCUCUGGAGUAUAAACCGGAUUUUUAUGUGGAUAGUUUAAAGAGUGUUGAAGUUUUAAUUGAGCGCCAUUUUGGUAUAUAAUAAACUCUAAAAUAAGUGCUGUGCAAAUUUAAAUAAAUGUUUUGCACGUA